CCCCUUCUCCUGCUCAGUCUCCAAAAGCUCAGCUUGCUUUUGUCAUCUUAACCACAACUUAUUCAAACUCCUUCCAUAUAUUCAACAUCACUCGGGACUCAACCCACUGAAAGAUAAUCUUCGAUAUAUGCUGACUAAUGCUGCAGAUCUAAGGGAGUUACCAACACCAGAACUGGGUACAUCCUAUCCUAGCCAAUGGAGGACCAAGAGGAAGACAUCUCCACCACCGGUGUAGGGCCACUUUUCAUCAGAGAAGAAAAAGCGGACACAGAUAGAACCAUUGUGGAACAGAGUGAUGGCAACCAAAACCCCACAGCGCAAAGCUUCACUGGAAAACCACUUAAUCAAACAGCUCUGUCAGAGCCAUACCUUCAGGAGAUGGAUGUCUUACUGAAAAGCUGUGAGAAGCUUACAGGUAUUCCUUUUAGAUCACGCCACAUUGAGGGUUACUCUGAAACGAGUCUGAGUAAGUCCGGUUGCAUAAAAGGCAAAGAGAAGGCCAGAACAGAAACCCAUGAAGAAGCAUGUAUGUCUACCCAAGCUAGUCGUUCCUCUUGCUACAUCGACACACAAAUGGAUGCGACUGAAACAGAAGAUGAACUAGCAGAAAGCCAAAACCUUGGCACAGUCAUCCACAAGCCUGGGAGUUCUUGCCACUCAGAUAUGCCGCUUUCCUCGGCAGGCAGCGAGCUGAGCGCCAGCAUGUUGGAGUAUGAGGACCAGCUGUUGAGGAUGUUGGCCAUGCUGGAAAGCUGCAUGGAAGAGACUGGCAUGGACUUUGAGUCACAAGAACAGACUACGGAUGCAUGUCAUGAAUAUAUGCACAUCAAAAAUACUCCUUAUCAUUACACGGACAAAGCAUUGACUCAGGAUGCACUCGAGAGCCCAGCAAUGCCACCCAUGCAUAAUGGUUCUAAUGUGGAAGGAGAUAAAGCUUCAGAAGAUGGUGGGAUUGAAGAAGCAAUGGACUCAGCAGGAAAAGAAAACUCACAAAAUAAUAUGGUUGAUUAUUUAAAACAGCGACCAGAAGGUCAUCUUGUAGUAGGACAUGAUGUCCAGAACCCUGACCUUAUGAUUUCAGAGCUGGAAAAGGCAGAGGAUCAAUCACAUAAAGAACCAAUGACAUGUGAGGGAAUAAACAUAGGGCAUAUACCUAAUGAAGCACCAGAAAAUAUGGCAGACACUGCAGGGAUACGCACAGAUGACGUUAGUUUAGCAGCUGAAGGGAAACCUGUAUCAAAAGCAGACCUUGAGUCAGACAUGACCAAACUAAGUUCUCAGAUGGACGACUGCAUAGAGGAGGUGCAGCGGUUAGAGAAAAGGAGAAAAGAGCUUCUGCUGGAGGUGCUGCAGCUGAGAGGACCGAAGCUCAAGGACGAUGUGGAAAGGGGAGGCAAGGAUGAAGAGGAGAUGGAGGAGUGGGUAGACACCACAGCCUUGGAGCUGAUCACAGUUCUUAAGAAGGAAGAAGAGGCGAGGCGAGAGGAGAGAAAGAAGGAGAUUCACAGCCUGAGGGAGGAGAGGGCAGAUGAAGAGAGGAAAACAUGGAAGGUGAACUUGGAGAGACAAGGACUACAAGAUGAGCUUAGAAGGCUGAGGAGGAGGCUGUUUGCAGCAGUAAGGGACUGUGCCCAGAGUCAAGCCACCCUAAAUAAUCAGCGCUGUGAUUUUGAGUUACUGAGGACAGAAGAGGAGAAGCUAAACUCUCUGGUUCUGCAGCUGGCAGAUGAGAGCUGCCAACUCAGAUCAGCACAUCAGGAACAGCUAUUGGAGCUAAAUGCAAAGCUUCACCACCAAACCCCCGGAGAGACAGCCAACGCCCAGGAGGAGCUGACCGAGUGUAGGAAGAAUUCCUGCGGGGAUGUUCAGCAAUAUGUGCAGGGUGGAUUAAAAGCACUGGAGGACAGGUAUGAACCCAUUUUGGUUGCACUGCUGAAAAGGAAAGAGGCAACGGCCGAUGCACUGACGAAAUCCAAAAAUCAGUCCCAUGAGCUGAAGGUCCAGCUGAAACCUCUGAAGGACGAGAUUCAGAAACUGGAACUGGAGAGGACUUGUUUAGAGGAGAGACUUAAACUGACCCACAUACAGAGGCAGGAAGAUGCAAGUCGCUACAAGGAAGCUAUACAUUUUCUGGAGGAGAGCAUCCGUGAGCUGAGAACAGAGUUAGAGGUUCAGAAGAGAAAAACCAAGGAUAUGGAAGAAAUGAGAGAAAGCCUCACCAAGCAACUUCUGCUUUACAGGAUUGCCUCUGAGGACCACAACAGCUGUGAUCAGCAAGAUAAGACAUGAUCACGCCUUUCUUCUCAGUUGAAAAACAGCCUUGUUAUGAAUAUGUGUUUUGAUUUUUUUUUUUUAUUAUCUACAGAAAACAGUCAGCUCCAAAGAUUUCAAAAAUGCACUUUACCCGAUUUGUUUGUCUGUAACGUAGGCUGCACGAUGUAGAAAGGUUUCUGUUGCAAAUAAAG